AUGUCACGCCACUCCCAUCACUGCCGGCGCCAGCCAUCCCUCAACUGCGACGCCUUUAUUAAGGUUAUCAAGCACGCUUUCAACAACGUCCGAGACAAUAUUAGCUCACUGAUUCGCAACGAUGUUAGUUACUUCCUCGACACUUUGGUGACCUUGUUUGGUAACCUCUUAGCUCAGCUUGAGCAAGUUGGUAAGACGCUGGGCAGCUACGUUGUGGAGUUGGCAAAGUGGAUAAAGGAGGCUGAGGACAAUAUCGCAAUACCGCUGAACAUGGUUAAGGAACUCUAG